AUGACGACGACGACGACAACGGCACUGGACAUCCCUAUUGUCGACGUAUGGGCCAACCCUGUCGGAGGAAAGCCGAUUCCCGAGAUCGAACGCCUCUUCCAGCAAAGCCAUGUCGACCCAGCCCUCAUGGCGAGCCGGCCGACGCCACGCGAGCUGAUUGCCAUGAUGGACGCGGGCGGCGUGACUCAGAUCUGCCUGGCAUCAUGGCGACGACCAGACCAAAUCAUCUUCUCCAACGAAGAAGUCGCCGAGUUCACGCGGGCGUAUCCGAGCCGCAUCUUCGGACUGGCAUCGGUAGAUUUGCUCGACCCUGUCCACGCCGUCAAGGAGCUCGAGCACUACGUCGUCAAAGAAGGCUUCAAGGGGUUACGCGUCGUGCCCUGGUUGUGGAAUCGGCCGCCCACCGACGCCCACUAUUGGCCAUUGUACAUCAAGUGUAUUGAGCUCGACGUCCCGUUCUGCACCCAAGUAGGACAUACCGGCCCGCUGUGCCCGAGCGAGACAGGCCGACCGAUUCCGUACAUCGACUCCAUUGCGCUGAAGUUUCCCCAGUUGAAGAUCGUGUGUGGUCAUAUUGGGUACCCAUGGACGGCAGAGAUGGUCGCGGUGGCCUGGAAACAUGAGAACGUGUAUAUCGACACGUCGGCCUACUUGCCGAAAUACUAUCCUGAGGAACUCAUCACCUUCGCCAACACGACAGGACGCAAGAAAGUCAUGUUUGGCACAAACUUCCCUCAGCUGACGUGGAAAGCUUGCGUCGAAAGUCUAGGCCGUCAUUUGGUCCAUCCGAAACGGGACUCUGCAAAUGGUCUCAGGCCUGAGGUCGUUGCAGAUUUCAUGGGAGGCAAUGCAAAGCGUGUUUUUAAGUUGGAUCAGUCAGAACGUCAAAUUCCCAAGGCGUCAUUGUGA